UAUAGUAUCAUUAUUAACUUGUUGUUUAACUCGGCACCAAAUAAUGAGGUUGGAGUUUGGUUUUCGGUUUCACUAUUUUCUAUUACGGCCCUUUUCACAAGAGUUUAUAAAAUCGUUUCUCACAAGUGACAGUUUAUAAAAUAUUGUACGACUGUUAGAGAAUAUGAAAGGGGUUCACCACUCUCAGAUUGCUGGAUAAUGAUAAUAGCGAACAACUACCAUCGCAGCAAAAAUUGCAUUGAUAUUGAGUAAAAUUGUUUGGAAUGGAACCGAAACGUGCAAGACCUCCUUUGACUUGGACCUUACGACCGAUACUACCGAGCGAUGUGACUUCUGACCAAAUUCAAACAGUAAACGUAUUAGUGGACACUAUUGUCGAACGUAAAUUAACGAGUAAUGUGGUAAAGCAACUUAACGACAUUUCACCCAUACCGACUUUGACCCAUCUGAAACGGGUGAAAAAUGAUACAAUCAUACUGAUGUUAGUCGAAGACUUAGACCCAGACGAGUGUGUACGUGUGCUAAAACAAAAAGGCUUUGACUUUGCUGGUUUGAGCGGAUGUCCCAAGACCAUAGAGGUGCCGUUGUCCAUGCCAAAGUCUUGUCUACAAAAUCAGCAAGCACGGACUCUGUGGCCUUGUAAUUUUCAUCCAGACAAACAAUUGGAGGCUUUACUGAACAACACAUUUUUUGAUCAGUUGCAGUUGGCCAAAAUAGACGGCUACAUGCGGCUAGCGCUGGAAUGUGCCCACAAUGGUACCGGUGCUGUAAUUGUCGAUCCUAGGGACGAUACGGUAAUAGCACAAAGCGGUGACUAUCGAUUUAAACAUCCAGUGAAACACGCCAUCAUGUGUGUUGUGGACAAAGUGGCCGAAAGCCAAGGCGGUGGUGCCUGGUCGAAGUCCAAAACUUCUUUUGUGCAUUCUAACGACAAAACUGGUCCGUACUUGUGCACUGGAUACGACAUUUACGUUACAAGAGAACCGUGUGUUAUGUGUGCAAUGGCUUUGGUUCACAGCAGAGUGAAAAGAGUGUUCUACGGGUGCACCAGCGUUGACGGAGGAUUGGAGUCUUUAACUCGAGUACAUCUACUGAAAGGAAUCAAUCAUCGGUUCAAUGUGUUUGCAGGCGUUUUGGAAGAAGAGUCCAAAACCGUGUCUUCAUCAGCUGUUUUGGUACCGUGCUCUUGAAUACUAUUUAUGAAUUGAACCUACAAUAAUAUGUUGUAUUUUUUAACUUUUUAAUUUAAGUGAAAUUAAAAGUUUGAAUGUAUUGUACUUUUUUUAAUACUCAAUAAUUAAUAAACUAAAAAUACACUUAGAUAUUGUUUCGGUGUAGCUUGAAGAAAUUGUAUAGGCCUAAAAGCUUCCUCCUGUU